AUGAAUAAAGCUUUGGUGGCCAAAAUGACUUGGAAUGUGGUCAAUAACAGCGAUAAAAUGUGGGUGAUGGCUUUCAAUAAGAGAUAUGUUCGGAAUAGAAAAUUCAUGAAAAUGUCCAUUUUGAAGGGUGUUUCUUGGGCAUCUCAAAGUAUCUUUGAGUGCAGGAAGGUUAUUAGUAAGGGGUUGUGCCAUAGAAUUGGCAAUGGCCUCAACACUUGGAUCUUUGAAGACCCGUGGGUCCCUAACGAGCCAAGGUUCAUCCCCCAAGCAAGAUGCGGUAUUUCUAUUGAUGUUCACCUAGUUGCAAAUCUAAUUGAUCAAGAUACCAAGCAAUGGGAUAAAGGCGAGUUUUCAAUGAAAUCUGCUUAUAAUGCUAUUAAAGGGCUGCAUUCUCCAAACCACCCUCACAUGCUUAGUAAAGAUUGGAAGGAUUUAUGGAAGCUUAAAUUUAAUGCCAGACUCAAAAACCUUUUGUGGAAAAUGUGCUGCAACAUUCAACCAACUUGUUUUGCUCUUAACAAUCGAUUUCCCAUUUCUUCUUUAAAUUGCUUUUUGUGUAAUAAUGCCCCUGAAAUUAUUGAGCAUUUGUUUUUGCAUUGUGGUUGGGUUAUUUUAAAUCCAAAAUCCAUGUUGGGGUUGAAUGAAGAAUCUAUCAAAGACUUCCAGCUUUAUGCUACCAUUCUCUGUGAUCAUUUAUGGAUGGCUAGAAAUAAAGUUAGAGUGGAGAGUUCCAAAAGUAAUCCAACUGAUCUUUCCAAGCAAAUAUUUAGUGUCUUCAUAGGGCAUAAAGAAGCUUGUAAGGAGCAAAAUGAGAGGUCAUCCAAAGAUGUGGUUUGGUCUCCACCUCCAAGGAGCUGGAUCAAGCUAAAUUUUGAUGCUGCAAUCCGUGAGGAGAAAACCACAGUUGCAUUUGUAGGAAGAGAUAUAGUUGGCAACCUUCUAUUGGCAUGGUUAGAGCAAUUUGAGAGUGGCAAUUCCCUACUGGGGGAAACGAGAGCAGUUUGGUGUGCCAUUAGAUGUUCUAUGAAUGAAGCGUUUUAG